GGGUGUUAUGCAGCCUGGGAUAAAAACAGAUGCUAGAAGCACAGAUAAUGCACCAAGAGAGGAAGGGAGGCAAGUGUGAUCACUAUUAUUCCAUCAUUUAUUUUCAUACACUUACACAGAGGAGUAGUGGGAUGCUUAGUUCCCAUAUACAGUAGGCAGAGACAGUGCCAACACAUUUAUGUAGAGUAACACCUCAAGAGGAAAUACUGCAGUGCACCACUUACUGUCUGGCAAAUCCUGCAUGACACACAGCAGAGGAGGAGACAUGGCAGAAGUGUGUGCCUAUCAUCAGCUUGUUAUCUAAAGCAUUUACUGUCUGUCUUGGCUACAAUGCACCACUCAGAGUAAUUACCCUUGGAGAGAGAGAGAAAUGGAGGAAAGUCGGUGAGAUAGAGUGGAGAUAGAUAGAUAGAUUGAGUGAGUGAGAGAGAGAGAGAGAGGAGGGGGAGGCUGGAUGGGAGGAGAGAGUUACUGGAUGAAAGAGAGAGAGACAGUGAAGCAAGCAGGAGGAAGUUAAAGAGAAUAAAAAGAGGGCAUAGCUGUAGACAGAGAUGCAGGAUGACUGCUCUCUCAGCCACCGGCUCGACUGCAACUGCGAGUUGACACAAUCUUCGGGGAGUGGCAGCAGCAUCUCACAGGGGACCUGAAGGAGGACAGUCUACUGUUCCUCUGGCUGCUUGCUCGCGACUCAGCCCCUUUGUGAUGGCAGUAUGCCAGUCAUGAACAGGUCAGGCUUGUUGGGUAAGGUAGGUUUGAGGAGGCUGUUGUCAUCAGAUGAAGUGUGGACUUUAGGAAGGAAGAGGAACCAAGUGGAAUUCGUCCCAGCCGAGCAGGAUAUUCUGCAAGUCGCAGAAUCAAAUAAUCCUCCAGCCAGCCCCUCUCACAGGUACAGCCGACAGAACCAGGCUUCUCUUCACCUUAUCAGUCCAGAAAGAAUCAGCAAGACUGAAGGUGGAAGCCCUUCAUGUCAGCGUGACUCUGUGAAGGCUUUGAAACCAGGACCUGAAGUUAAUGAACAAGAAACUCAGAAGAAGGUACAAGGGCUUUAUGAGGACACCUGCACACUCAAGAGAGAAAGAACACAACAUCCAGCUGAAGUGCCAAUGAAGCCGGUAUUAAAUAUCCAGCAUUUCACACUCAACCGUGAGCCUCAAACAGAUUCACUCCGAGCCCCAAUAGUGUCCAGCUUGUCAUCUGACAAAAAAGAUGAUCUCCGAUUGGACUCUAAGAAGAGCCAUCUUAAACCCAAAGAGCAAGAAGACAUAAAAAUGACAAACGUGGUCCAUGGCAGCACAACACCAGAUACCACAGCUCUAAAUGUACAGAACAAUCAGAGACUGCACAGUGUGCUGACACUCAACAACAACCACAAUAUCUGUGACCAGGAUGCUGGGGGGCAAUGGAAGUCAUCUCUUUCAUACUCCAAAACCGAUAAAACCAAUGAGUUCCCUGAACAAAAAUCUCAGGUGUGUACAAAUGAGACUGUCACAGACAAUCCACUUAUUGAAAACUUAAUUCUGGAAGCAGUAAAUGUGGAAAUAAGAAAGGCUGAGGAAAGUCAGUCUUGUGAUGUCAGUCUGUCUGAGAUAGAUGAGAAGUCAGAGGCAAUUUCAUUUCAUAGUGAAGCACUCACUUGGUCUGAAGAAGAAAGGGACUGUCUCGAUAAGGAGAAGAUUGAAGCAGCUAAAGCAAGUAGUGGCUCUUUACUUUUUGCAGAAAAGUACACUGUGCUACCAGAUGAUUUGAACAAUAAACAGGAAAGACGCUGUACACCGCCACAUUACGAAAGACAAGAGACUGUAGAGUCGACCUUGUCAGAAAUUCUCUCGCCUGUGGAUGAGGUUUUGUCUUACGGAAGUGCAGAACUCCCUCCAUCCGUUAAAGGAGGAGCCAUAUCAGGUCUUGACAGUUAUGGUUGUCCUCCUCCGCCUCCUGCCUUUGAGAUUAUUACAUGGACCAGUGAGGAGGAACUUCCAGCUCCACCUGAUUCUGUAGAAGAUCUCUCAAUUACCAGCGAGAACCUCCCUCCUCUCCCUGUGGACUUCUCUCUGAAAAGAAAAGAGUCUCAGAGUCUAGACUCUAACAGUCUGAGGGGAAAGGAGGUAAACGAUGAUACUAAUGGAGCUCUAUGUGAGGAUGCAGAGGAAAGCGACUGUUCGGAAUACACUUUCUCACUUCCCGAAGAUGCAAGAAAUGAAAUCUGGGAUCCAUUGUCCUCCUUUCAAAUUGGAGACAGAGUUCUUGUGUGUAACUCCAGACCGGGUGUGCUGAAAUAUAAAGGCCUCACGGUGUUUGCGAAUGGGUUUUGGGCUGGUGUUGCUUUGGACGCCCCUAAUGGAAAUCACAAUGGCACUUUUAGAGGUGUGAAGUACUUCAGCUGUGACAAAAGCCACGGUGUCCUGGUCAGAGCCGAGGACAUCGCUCACAUACACAGAGAACAUAGUUGUGAUGUAGAGACUGGGGUGGAUGAAGAUCUCUUCUCAGAUGAGGAGCAGCCUAGGGCAAAGAGAGAUAAACAACAGAAGGUCACAUCGUCAGCUGAUGGACAAAGAGGACAUAUACAUAGUCAGUUUCCUCCUAGAGAUGAGACCAUAUCUACAAAUACCACAUGCACACGACAAAAAGUACCUCAGGAAGACAUGUCAGAUGGAGCAAGAAACCUUUCACAUGCCUUUAAAAUGUCCUCACCAAGAACCGACUUUGAGCUCCAUCAUAAUGAGCUCCAUCAAAACAGGCAUCAUGAGGAUGCUAAGCUGACAGAAGAGCUGGAUAAAGAUGGAGUUCACUGUGCUCAGGAUAAUAGAAAGAGACAAAGGAUUAAAGCAUUGCAUGACAAUCCCUCUACAGAUACUGAAGUCAGAAAAGGUGAUGAAGGUCAUUUAAUGCCAUGUGUCUUGGAUCAGUGGCAUCAGGCCCAACCUGACACGCCACCAAAGAUAAAAGUGCCGCCCCAUGAAGACAGAAUUGUGUACAGAUUAGUGGACGCUGCAGUGGAGAUUCUGUGUGGCCAAGCAAAUGAAGACACUCUCGACCUUUAUGAAACACCAAGCUAUUUAUUAGACGAUGAUAGUCGCAAACGUUAUCGGCAGGUGAUCUUUCAGUUAACGUCUGAUGUACUUCAUGAGAUUUGGGGUGAUAUGUUAAGGACAAAACAAUCUGCCCAGAAUAUCCAUGUUCAAUCUGUGAUCUCAGCUCUCCAAUCCAGUCAAAUUUCAGUCACAUUUUUAAAGGCUGCCGUGAGAAAAGAGAUACAGAAAAUUCUGAAUUUAGAGCGAAGCGAGCAACAGAUGACAGAGUUGCUCCAAAAACUGUGCAAAUACUGGUACGCCAAGAGAGACAGAGUGGACUUUAUACUGAUUCAGGAACUUCAUAAUGAGGAGAGAACUUGGCUAGACUACAGUGCUGACCAGUACACUGUGAAAAUGCAUCUGACUGAGGAGAUUUUCAGUCUUCUUUUGGAUGACACAAUAUUAGCCCUAAAUCAUAUGCACUUUUCAACCUAAAUGACAAGUUUCAGAAUCUUGACAUUUUCAUACUUGCAUCUCUGAUAUGUUCUUUGAUAUGUUGUUGUUUUCUUUUUGGGGGAAUCUUACAAAUCCUGUCAAGAGCAUGUCCAAGUCAUAUUUCACAAUUAUAUUUUGCUUGAACAACAUAAACCCGUAAAACUGUUUUAGGACCAUUUAGAACAGUUUUCUUGCAUUAAGAAAUGUUCAUGACAACUAAACACAUUUUCACAUAAUUUCCACUUUUGCAAUUACUGUUAAGAAAAAUAUAUUAUUCUCAUUACUGAAUUUCUUGAUAUUAUUCUUUAAAAAUGAUAUUAUUUACAUUUUAAAGUAUUUAUAUGUCAUAUUAGUAUUGUUUGUACUGCUUUUAAUAUCUGCUGAUUUAAGUCAAAAGUAAUCUAUCACAGUCAUUUGUUUACUCUAAUGAUUUAAAAGUAAUAGGCUACAUUAUUACAGUAAUGAGAAUAUAA